AUGAAUUUACAAAAAUAUUUGGAUGAGUUUAAUGAAGGUGUAUUUCAAAUGAAUAGUUCAUCAUUAUGUACUCUGUUAAGUAUUCGACAUAAAGAUCCUGUUGAAAAAUUUUCUCCAGCAAAUACAUGUGAUUUAUUUGAAAAAUAUGUUGAAAAAAAUAGUUUCUAUAAAUGGGUCAAAAAUGACCCACCAGGGGGUAAAGGGUUAACAAAUCAUAUUGAAAUAUGUCAAACAUUAUUAUAUAAAAGUCGUUUAAAUGAUAUUGUACAAUAUCAAUAUUUACUUUGUCGAUUAUUACUUGAUCUUAUAAAAGAAAGUAAAAAUAAAAAUUGGCAUAUACCAAUACUUAUUCUUACUUUAACUGAUCUUUGUCUUUUAACAAAUUAUUUUACAUCAUAUAUAUCAAGACAUACAGAUGGUAAUACAAGUCCACCAUCACAACGUAUUGCUGAUUUAUCUAUUGAUAAUGAUCGACAAACUUCGGAAGCGAAUGUAACUAAAACAAUUGAAUUACUUACAGAAGCAUUUCGUGUAUGUACAAGUGACCGUUGUACAGAACAACGUUUGUCCAAGAAAUGGGGUGCUAUACAAAUACUUAAUCAAUUACUUUCAUUUGCUGAACAAUCAUUAGAAUUUCGACAUUACUUAUUAGAAGAUCAGAAAAUAAUAUAUGAUUAUUUUUUAGCUACUGAAUGUUUUGAUCCAAUUUUUCAACGUUGUCCUAGAUUUAUGAAAAAAAAUAAAGCAUCCAUAUUAAUUCAUUUAUGUGUAUCAAAAAUGCAAUUUGGUCAUACACCAUCAUUACAAAUUAUAGCUAAAUAUAAACUUGAUGCUUUUCAUAAUUUACUUGUUUCAAUUAAAGAAGGUCAAUUAUAUGCAUUUGAUCAAUAUAUUAGAAAAAUUCA